AUGAAUUUGAAAAAAAUUAGUUUGUCAAGACGAACUGUUGUUCGACGUAUAGAAAUGAUGGCUAAUGAUAUAAAAACAACAUUGACUGUCCGUAUGGCUGGUUUUGAAUCAUUUUACAUAGCAUUAGACGAGAGCACCGAUUUGUCUGACACAGCUCAACUGGCUAUAUUUAUUCAAGGUGUUGAUAAGGAAUUCACUGUUACUAAGGAAUUGCUUGCUUUACAGCCGCUAAAAGGAACCACUACAGGAGAGGAUAUUUUUAUUGAAGUUCAAAAGGUAUUCACAAGUUUUGGUUUGCCAUGGUCAAAAUUAAUUGGAGUAUGCACUGAUGGUGCACCUUUUAUGGUCGGCUUACGUAAAGGUUUCAUCGGAAUUUUGAAUGAAAAAGCAACAGAAUUAAAUGUACAAAAAGAUGAUUUGAUAGUCCUUCAUUGCAUUAUCCAACAACAGAACUUGUGUUCUAAGUCCAUUUGA